GACUCUGAGCUGGAGGUGGGCAGAGUAGGCUAAAAGGCAGUUCACCUUUAAAAGCUAAGCUGUUUCUCAUCAGGAUCUCAAAGGUAGCUUGCUUCUGGACUUGGAGGUUCUACGGAACACAAGAGUAGCCCUUCUGGAUCAGAGCAGUGGCCCAUCUAGUCCAGCACCUUGUGGCCAGUCAGAUGCCUCUUGGAAAGCGCUUAAGCAGGACCUGAGCUCAUAAGCCACUCCCCCCAGCAUUUCUUGCCUCAGGGCACGGAGGCAGAGAAUGGUCCUCAUAGCUUGUAGCCUUUACCUCCCUGAAUUUGUCUAAUCCUGGGCCACUUUCAGGAGGAAGAGCCUCCCUCGCUGGCUUGGCUCGGGAAUUUCUGGCCGUCGCUUAGAAAUAAACCACUUCUACUGAUUUUGCAGACCCCCUUGAGGGUCUUUGACUGCCUCCAUUUUUGACAAGAGACAGGAGAGAAAGCGAGAGGAGGAGGAGAAAGGGGCAGUCCGGUUCUCAAAAUGGACAUGCGGAACAUGACAGGCUCCAAAGCAUGGGAAGAAAUGGAAGGUGUAGCAAAAGCCCCACACCACAGGGGCACAGGGCAGUUCCUUAUUGGAGCACCUUCCCAUUAUAUAAAACGUGAGCCAGAAGAAGGGGCGCUGGAACGCUGGGAAGCCCAGUUGCAGGAGUUUCUGAGAAUGCUGCAGGCCCCCAACUCAGGAUGCAGGAACCUACAGAUAUCUGAGGAGCCCUCCCCAUGGGAAAAUGCUAAGGCCUUCUUGGCCUCCUUUGAGCAAGUAGCCUCAGCCUGCCGGUGGCCUCGGGACAAGUGGGUGGCCCUCCUCCUGCCGGCUCUCAGCGGAGAGCCUGAGCAGGCCUUCAGCGGCCUCAGUGCCCAGGACAAGGGAGACUACAGGAAGGUGAAGGCGGCCAUCUUGGAAGGGGAGGCCAUUGCGAGGGAGAAGCAGCGGCAGCACUUCAGGCAACUCCGCUAUCGGGAGGCGGAGGGUCCGAGAGGCGUUUAUGGCCGGCUCCGAGAGCUUUGUGGCCAGUGGCUGAAAAUCGAGAGGCACACGAAGGAUGAGAUUCUGGAGCUGCUGAUCUUGGAGCAGCUCCUGAGCAUCCUGCCGGGAGACAUGCAGAGCUGGGUCAGGGAGCGAAAGCCGGAGACCUGCGCCCAGGCGGUGGCCCUGGCAGAGGGAUUCCUCUUGGGGCAGGACGAGAUGGAGGGACCAGAACAGAAGGUACCUGUGCCUUUUGCGGUGAUGGCUGCGGAUCCUUCUGAGACAGGCCAGCUUCUGCCACGGGACACCUGGGCUGGGCAGGUCUUCAGAGAAGCCGCGGACAGGCAGAGUGAAGUGACGAGAUUGCCGAGUAAGGAUUCACCAUGCUCAGGUAAUGAGCGGGUAUUGGAGGAUGAGACAAAUAGCCUGCACCAGGAAGGUUCUGUGCAAGGAGAAGCAAGCAAUGCCUGUUUGGGAAAAGAUGAGGAUUUCCAUGACCAUCAAAAGCGAAUAAUGUUUGAGAAUCAGCCAGGGCUGUUGAAUGAUCAAGAGAGAAACUAUGAGAGUGGUCUGGUGGAAAAAUCCACUUUCUAUGCAGAAGUUAGCAGAGAGGAGAGAGAAUCCGCUGAAUCACAAAUAAUAGAGUGUAGUGAGGUACAAAAAGCAUCGUCUGUCUGUCGAAGAGACUUUGAACGGAGCUCAGACCUUAUGGUACAGCAGAGCAUUCACAUCAGAGAGAAGCCGUACCUGUCAUUCUAUUGUGGAAACAGUUUCAUUCAGACGCAGGGCCUUCUUGCACAUGAGAGAACCCACACAGGAUUGUGGAACAUGUAUAAUUACUCUAAUGGUGGGAAAAACUUCACUUGCAGUUCAGGCUCCAUGCAGCACAUGAGAAUCCACACAGGAGAAUCUCUGUACACGUGCUCUCACUGUGGCAAAAACUUUGACAAUUGUUCAGUCUUCCAGGAACACGUCAGGCUGCACACACUGGAGACACCGUACAAGUGCUCAGACUGCGGGAAGAGCUUCGACAAAAAGCGUUACCUGAACAACCACGUGAGGAAGCACAGAGGGGAGAAGCCGUAUGAGUGCCUGCAAUGCGGGAAAAGCUUCCCUAUAAAGUCCAAACUUGUAAAACACGAGAUAAUACACAUGAGGGAGAAGCCAUACAAGUGCGCCCUCUGUGGGAAAACAUUCGUUCGGAAGUCAGACCUUUGUGCACACGAGAAAAUCCACACAGUACAGUAGAUAUUUCAAAAUUUAUCUGGCAGGGGAAGAAGCCAAGAAUAAAACACAAAUUAUUAAUAGAUUCUAAGGAUAGUGGCGGCUUUUCCCUGCCAGAUUUAAGGUUAUAUUAUGAGGUGUCCUGCUUUUGCUGGCCCCGAGAAUGGAUAACAUUACAAAAUACAGAUACUUUAGAUUUGGAGGGUCACGAUAAUAGAUUUGGUUGCAUUCAUAUUUAUGGUAUGAAAAAGUCAAAGUACACAGAGAUUUCCUGAACCUCUUAGUAAGAAAGUCACUAUAUGUCGUAAGGGAGAAAUACAAAAAUCUCUUGGAGCAGAAAACACCAUGGUGGCUCUCCCCUCUAGAAGUGAUUUAUGUGAAAAAAUUGAAUAUGAGAAAGGGUUGGGCAACAUAUAAGGAAUUAUUAGUAGAAGAAGAGCACCAGUUGAAAUUUUAAAAAAUUGAGGAUAUAAGAGAUCUUUUAACAGAUUGGUU